AUGUCGAGACUCGAGCCAGAGUCUGGCAUCUGGUAUGCCACAUGUUGGCUAGUGCUUAUAACCCGCCUCAUCUCCAGGAAGCUUCACCAUGGCUCAUGGAAGGCGCUGGGAACCGACGACUAUCUAAUUUGCGUUGCUAUGAUUUCGAUGACUGUCUUAAUGGGUGCAAUGCACAUCGUGGUGCGCAGCAGCAGCAACCUUAUUGCUCCCGGUGAAGAUAUCUCAAAGUUUUCGGCAGAUGAGAUACAACGACGAAUCUAUGGAUCUAAGCUGGUUUUGGUGGUGGAGCAAAUGCAGUGCAUCACCAUCUGGCUUGUUAAAGCAUGUCUGCUAUUGAUGUACAAGCGCAUGACAGCGCUUCUCCCACAGCACAAGAUCGUUAUGAUCGUCUCUAUAUAUACAGCUCUUGGAUUUGUGGUCAUGGAGAUCCUUUACCUCGGCGUGUGGUGCCGGCCAUUCAACCAGUACUGGGCCGUUCCUCCAUCGAAUCCCCAGUGCUCUGCGGCAACCAACCACCUCAUUACAAACGCCGUUCUUAACAUCUCCUCUGAUAUCAUGAUCAUAGCGAUCCCUAUGCCCCUCCUGUUUAAGGUCAAGCUGCCGAAGAAAAACAAAGCGAUAUUGAUUGGUAUUUUCCUGAUUGGAACUUUCAACAUCGUCGCAGCUGUCCUGAACAAGUAUUACUCCUUCUCACAUCCAUUCGGCGACGAGUGGACAGAGUGGUACCUCCGCGAGAGCUACACCGCCUUCCUUUGCGCGAAUCUACCCCUCACGUACCCGCUCGUCCAGCGGAUCUUCAGAUUGAAGAGCUGGUCGCACAACUCUUACGACGGACGGUACCUAUCCGGCUCCCUUCAACGAUCUGCAUGGCGAUCAGGGGCCGUACGGUCGCAGCGAAAGUCUAGGAUCGGGCUGAAGAGCAACCCCCAGCACGGAGGCAUUUCCAAGACUGUUAGCGUCAACGUGUCCAAUUCCAGGAGCAUCCACAAUCUAGAGAGGAGCGAGAGCGAAGAGAGGAUAUACGGGCCUCCCACGUCACGGAUAGAGUUGGAGCAGAAGGCAUUUGAUGGAAGGACAGAGCAACAUCUCUGGGUGCCGAGUGUCACGAUUGAGAUGGGUUCGACUAGCCCGACGAGUGCGAAGGCAGAGAGCAUGACCACGACCGGGAGCAUCAAGAGCCUAGACGAAGCGCACGUUAAGCAAUAG